AUGUCAUCUGAGAGGGGAAGCCUUUCUGAAGUUCAAAUUAAACUUGUGGCCAGAUCUGCAUUUGUGUGCGUGUAUGUAUAACUGUUAGUUUUCAUUUAGAUUGUUGGAAAAACAGUUAGCAGGACACAGGUUUUUUUCGUCCUGACACUCGUUAAUAAGCGAAAUGUGUAUCUACAGUUUUCAAGUGAACACUGACACUCCCCUCUCUAUGAACCCAUUCAAGUCACACAGUUCAGUAGUCAAUCAAUGUCAUAUUGGUUACAAUUGAUGCUGUAACUUUUGAUUUAAACGUGCACAUCUUGAUCAAUCAUUGGAUUGGAAUUCAUUGGCUAGAGUACAACUAAACAAGUGUAAAUUUAAUUUUACUGCUGAAGUUCUACCACCAGGAACAUCUGCUAUACCAGCUAUAAAUUCUAUUCCAUUCUAUGUAACUCCUAUUGUACGUGGUCCACGUCCUUAUUUCGAUCAAAUUGUCAGUUUCAAAGCUGAUGUUGAUAGUAUUAUAGAAUUUCGUCUUUCUGUACGUGAUAGUAAACGUGAUGAAGGUACUGAAGUUGGAUAUGGUCGAUUUACUGUUCGCAGUGUUGCAGCUACCAAUGGGAAUCAAUUGAGCAAUUUGGCAUUUUCACAACCAAUUAAACCACUUCCAUGGUUGCAUAAUUCUACUAUUUCUUCAUCGAGUUCAUUAGGCAGCAUUGAUUUGUCAAUUUCUGUGCCAAUACGUGAAUUAAGCAGUGCAUUAUUAGCUCAACAUUUGUCUAGAUCAAUAUCCAGAAUAACAACCAAUUCUGUUAAUGGUCGUCAUACUUCUGGAUCACAAUCAGAAUCAACUUCAAGUAUUACAGUAAGAUCACCGUCUACUGAUCGUACGAUGAAUAAUCACUUGGUAGACAGUGGUGGCGGGGUUGGACCAACUUUAAACCCAUCUGCUAAUCACAGUAAUAAUAAUUAUAACAACACAGAGAAUGCCAAUGACUCCUCGUUACCACCUGGUUGGGAAGCUAAAUAUACUUCAGAAGGACGAAUAUAUUAUGUGGAUCAUUUAACGAAAACAACAACAUGGUGUAAACCUACUCCACUUCCGCCCGGAUGGGAACGAAGAACAGAUAACGUUGGUCGAGUAUAUUAUAUCGAUCACAAUACUCGAACUACAACAUGGCUUUGUCCAAAUCAAACACUUUUAAAUACAGUACAAAAUUAUCAACAAAUGACUGCUUCACGAAAUGGUAUUAUGCAACAACGAAUGAAUGAACGUUAUGCGAAUGCUGUUUGGAAUGUAGGUGAAUCAGAACCACUAGACGCUAGUUCACGAACAAAUACUUCAACUGGUGGUGUAAUGGAUCCAUUAGGUCCUCUACCAGCUAACUGGGAACGACGUGUUGACAUAUCUGGCCGUUCGUAUUUUGUUAAUCAUGUUAGUCGAAUCUCUCAAUGGGAAGAUCCUCGUAUACAAGGUCAUCCAUUACCUCCUGGUUGGGAAAUUCGUUAUACAACUGAAGGAUUUCCAUUUUUUGUUGAUCAUAAUACUAAAACAUCGACAUUCAAUGAUCCCAGACGAAAAGAUGCAAGUGGGAAUAUUGAACAAGCAUGGUCAUUUGAAAAUAAAGUCGCCAGUUUCCAUUAUCUUUGUCAUUCAAAUUUGGUGACAAAAAAUGUAAAAGUUGUUGUAUCCCGUAGUAAUCUUCUAGUGGAUUCAUUUGAACAAAUUAUGCGAUUGAAACCACAUGAAUUGCGUUGUCGUUUGUUCAUUUCAUUUACUGGCGAAGAAGGUUUAGACUAUGGCGGGUUAUCACGAGAGUGGUUUUUCAAAUUAUCUACAGAAUUAUUGAAUCCAAUGUAUUGUUUAUUUGAAUACGCCGGUGGUAAUAAUUAUGCAUUACAAAUUAAUCCUGCAUCAUCGGUUAAUCCGGAACAUUUGGAAUAUUUUCGAUUUGUUGGACGAUUUAUUGCUUUAGCAUUAUAUCAUUCUAGAUUUAUUGAUAAUGGUUUCACUUUACCAUUUUAUAAACGUAUGUUAAAUAAAAAUAUCACUUUAGCUGAUAUUGAAACAGUUGAUGUGGAAUAUUAUAAUUCAUUGAAAUUUAUUCAAGAGAAUAAUAUCGAUGAAUGCGGAUUAGAUGUCUACUUUGCUAUGGAUUAUGAAGUAUUGGGUGAACUACGAACGCAUGAAUUGAAACCAGGCGGUAGAGAUAUUCUAUUGACUGAUGCAAAUAAAGCUGAGUAUAUUGAUCUAAUGGUUAAUUGGAGAUUUUCUCGUGGAGUAGAAGAUCAAACAAAUGCAUUCCUUACUGGUUUCGAAGAUGUAUUUCCUCUUCAAUGGUUACAAUAUUUUGAUGAACGUGAAUUAGAAGUUUUAUUAUGUGGUAUGCAACAAAUCGAUGUAGAUGAUUGGCAAUCGCAUACAACUUAUAAAAAAUACGAUGCUCGAUCUCCACAAGUUUUAUGGUUUUGGAAAGUAAGUUGAGUUAGAUUUUCUUUUUAAAGUUAUAGUAAAUGUGUAAUAAGUUUGUUCAUUCGUUAAUACAUGAACUGAUGUACAUUUUAUGUUGAGAAAAUUAUAACUUUAAAGUUGUCAUACAUUCAGAAUUUAACGUUCAAAAUUAAACUACAUAUUAACUGUUAUUGCCUGUUUGUAACUACAUCCCCCAUUUACCAUGUAACAGUGAGCUGGAGGACAAUACCGUAUCAUGUUAGAUGUUUUGAGGUGGUUGGGAGGAUCUUCUACUCGACCGAAGUUUCGUGCUGGAUGCCACUCGUCAGCAAAGCAUAUUUGUAGUUUUGAGGAAAUGUGUGCUUCUUGGUGGAUUCAAAUUUGUGUCAUCCGGUUUUACGAAUUGAGAAAUUACCAGCGGGCUAUUGGAGCAACGACUAACAUCCUGUAGGAUUGAGAUAAUUACUUUGAUUGAUGAUUAAAUAGUGCUCAAUGUCAUAUUUGUAAAGUUCUACAGGGUCGAUCGAAUUCUAUUGAUCAUCAUUGUACAAUGUAUCCACUAGUCUAAGUGACUUGACAUCGUGUGUGUCACCGUCUAAACAACUCAAUUUUUUAUUUUAUUUUAUUUGAACACAUAAAUACUGGUACAAGGGGGCACCAGAUAUAUAUGCGCCACAACUCAGUAUUAACCUGCUUGACUGUGAAGUUGGGUGACACAUGAUUGAGUCCUCAAGGAAGGAUCACUCCCCUCAAGACUAUAGGUACACCUUGCUAACGAAUGCCAAACAGCACGAAACCUAGGUAUCAGAAUUUCUGGCGUUAUGCAAAAUCCCUGAACGCCAUGAGUAAUAGUGUUUGACAAGUGUUGCACCCUCCCCAAUUGCUUACUCUAAAAAUAAAAACGAAUAUCAUUUGAUCAUAGGUAUCUUGAAGCAUUGAUCACAUGCCGUGUAAUGAUACAUAUAUGUGCCUGGUCCUACGUUGUGACUGACUGACCGUGUAAUGGCCAAGUGGACAAUGCUGAGGUUAGGCAAACGGUAUUAAUUAGACGUGGUAAAUCGGUUUGAUGAGACCAUCAAUUUUAAUUGGCUUUGGUGUUCAGGACAUGUAUUACGUAUGUUCAACUUCCACCUACUUCAAUCCUCAUGUUAGCUGUCGUAUUAACAGGUUUAUAAGAAAAAACUAGGAAUAACUUGACCUAGACAUGACACCAGCCUAUCAACUUAUUGGCUAUUUAUUAGUCUGAGCCACUUUAAUAAGUGCAGACUACUUAUUUUGAGUCUGUGCGAUAACACUGAUGUUAGGUGACAUAGCACAAAUGGGUUCACUCUUUAUAUUAUCUAUAUCCUAACAUCCCAUAUUUGUUCAUUCUUCUUCUCUUAGAACCAUAUUCUCAUUGCUUUUUAUGUUUCUCUUCAUUAUUGCUAAUAAAGAUUAUUUCAACUUCUUUACUAUUCUUCCAUCUUGUGAAUUUCAUCUCAUUUUGAUAUGAUAUGAUGAUGUGAUGCCUAGACUGUAACUUUCAUUAUAACUGAUUAAGCACUAAUUAUCAAUUAGAUUAUUCUAAGUUUUCUCAUUUAUGUAUAUAUAUAUACUAUGAUCAUUUGACAGAGCAUAUAUCUUAUUACAUAUAAGCAAAUUUUUAUUCCAUAUUCAGUAAUGCUGAUUAUUCAUGUGUUUUGUAAAGAGAAACUAAAUAACUGUAUUGAUUAUAUAUAUAGAUAGAUAUUAAUGGUAACAGAAAUUCUAUGAUACUCAUGUGAUUUGUAGGAUUUUGCUAGAAGGUUUUUUUCAUGGAUCCUUUAGUUUUUAGUAGGCAUGUACUUGGAAGACUAGGCGCUUGAAAGGUGGUUAAAUUUCGAUAUUGGGAGGGAGUCAGUACAAAUCCACAAUGCUUGGUAAAUUUAGAACGAUUGAGCUACUACUCUACACUAUCUGUUUUAUUGCGUAAAUAAAUCGAUGAAGGCAACUAACACACAAGAGUUCAACUUCUAGUAUCUAACGCGAGAAGACUGAUUGUAGGGAAAAUUGGUAUACGAAGUAUAUAUAUAUGACGAAAUAAGUACUCUGUGUCAAAAUUUGAGUAGUUUUCUGAUGAUCGCCUUAGCAACAAAUAAAGUUGUGGAAUGUAUGUUGUUUGAUCUUGGUUUUAGUUCUUGAGGUAUUUUCCUGUCAUUUAAAUCACAAACUGAUCUCAGUUGGACCACUAUUGAAAACCUGAAAGCACUAGACGGUCAUUUCGUUCUAGUGUUGGACUCAUCAGUAGUGUACAUACACGACCCCCUCCAAAGGGAACUGAAUAUAAGACCUUCGGUCUCAAAUGAGAACGCUUAACCUCUAGACUACUGAGUCGGUGUGUAGUGAUGUUCGCGUGAAACUCCAAUUGAUUCGAGUUAUUGAGCGACCGUUUUAUAUUGCCUGAGAUGGAUAAUGAUGGCUGAGCUCCACUGGCCACGGCCUCUCCAAGAGUUUCAUCUUGAAGCUAGUCACUAGUGAGCAUGUAAUAUUAGUGCCAUAAUAGGGUGAGCUGGUUUUCUGGUAUCUCUAGAUUCUCAUUCAGGGUCUGACUAAAAUCAGUUCGUGAUUUAAGCUGUGAAUAUUCUAGUUUUCACUUUGUGUCAAAUGUAAAUCUUAUUCCUUUGUGUUGAUUUGUUUAACUAAAGCAUUGCUCUCACUAGCACUGAUGAUCGAUUGAACAAUAUUGGCGUUUGUUAGACGUAAAUAAAGUAAUUAAGUAUGAAAAGGUCAAGUGGUCGGUUUCUAAGCUUAUAAACCUACACUAUGUGAAAAUAUUUUACGCAUAUCUUCAGUCACUGUCUAACAAAUCCGAUGUAUAUUACUGGUUGAUAACAGGACUUGAUUAACAAAUACAACUUAACAGUAAGAAGGAUAUCAUCAAGUCACUAACUGAUAGUGUAUGAGUGAUGUUAGACUAUACUUCAUUGAUGGCUUUCAGUAAUAGUGAAGCUAGUUCCUAACCAGUCAAGAUGCAGGUAAUAUGAAUAAAUAAUUCAUUGAAUAAAAACCCAGAAACAAUUAUGGUGAGGAGUUCACUUUGAGUUGUAGAGUCGUUAGUCGAGACUAGAGUAGAAGAAUGCUUUGAACUUAAUAGUGAUGAAUAGUUCUUUGGAUGAUUCUUUGAUUUUAAAUCUCAAGAACUUUUAUAUUACCAUGAGAAACUCGUUAAUUAUGUUAUAACAUUGUAAACAUAUUAAUUUGAUGUGUGUUCUGUUGUUUUUAUCCAAGAAAAGUUAAUCACUUUUCCAUCAUCACCUUAAAAGUUACUCAAGUUUGUUUUGCUCUUUAGUUGAACCAUAUUUAUUAAUUUUUUCGGCAUAUUAAUAACUAAAUAUUAGGACAUUUAUCAUUGGAUUUUACAUCCCAUCUUGUGCUAUUUUGAUUCAAUAUAUGAAAACUUCAGCAGUUGCGUAUUUGUGCUAUAUUCCGUGUUGAUUAUGAUUAUCGACAUGUUUUCUCUUUGUAAUAGUUAAGAUCCCAACUGUUGUUGCUACCUCGAUGUGGGGUCGGGCUUGCCUGUUGUGAUGAACCAAUAUGUCUAUGCUGGUUGAAAAAAUCGUUCCUCAAGAUCCUACUAUGCCAGACAAGUUGGUUAAAGAGCGCUAAGACUAAAAGCACCAAAUCAAAGGUUCGAGGGCGAAGUCGUACUGCUGACUGUACAAAGGUGUGACGGCAGUAAGGUGUUUCUUUCAGACAACCAGCAUAACAGCGAUGUUGCCUUCCCACAAGGAGGGGUGGUUUUUAGAAGAGGUCGACCCUAAACAUGCACAUCUCGCCUUAUUCCACAGAUAUCCGUCUCCGGCAGUAAGGUCUCAACAAGAACGGAGCUAACACGAAAACUAAUCACGGAAAGGUCGUGUGUGACCGACCUUAAGCAGUUGUCCCUUGAACAAUGCGGCCACGCUCUCAGAUCACUAAGGCCACCUCUAAUUCAAUGACUUUCAGGUACCUCCAGAAGAACUCUUCCAUGGUUUGGGCAACCGGGAAUUGAUAACCGCCCUCAUACCUCUAACAACACUCAAUACUGAUUGAAUAGUCAAAAUGUUAGAGCAACACAAUAACAGCGGAGUUUUAUAACAGGAUACAAUAAUCUCAACAUUUCGAUCGUCUUAAACAAUGUUCCAAUCAACAUACUUUCGACUCCUUAGAAAGCAUCAUUUGAGCUCGACCCCCAAUUAUUGUGAGUGUUUCUACGUGUAAUUUGAAAGUGUAGACAAAAAUGAUUAGAUUUCUGCAUACGAUAUAUUCUGGGAUUUAGGUUGACAAUUUCAUCUCUCUGUGCCAAUGAGGCAUGGCAACAUGAACUGAUGUACAUAGGUACCAGGUUCUAUGUUGAUACUGACUGAUUGACUAUAAUAUGUUUCCGUUUAUUUUACUUCACCCUCUCUUCAGAAUUUCACUGUUCUCUCCAAAAAAUGUCACGUUGUUUCUCCUUUUUUCGUGAAAAUCUAGUUCGUUCGAAGUUUAACUCAACAAAGACGUAUUCGAUUACUUCAGUUUGUCACUGGCACAUGUCGUGUCCCUGUUGGAGGAUUUAAAAAUCUUAUGGGUCAGUUUUGCUAUUUCAUUUCAUGUUAUUAUAGCCACUGAAUAAUAAUUAUCGUUAUUUGCGAAGGGUAAACUGAGAUUUUUCGGUAAAUAUGGUACGUGGUUAGCAAUUGGAUCCGGGACUUACAGUACAUUUAUCCCGCUUGGGACUCGUCAGCUGAAUGCAACUUCAUCCCGGUGUUGUUAAUGUUUACACUGAUUGUAAUCCAUUGUUACAUCACUUCAAAUCCCAACAAUAUUUUACACAUUUAUUAUGGUGUUAUUCUUAUGCCACUUCUAACAUAUAAGUUAGUGUAACGCAUCACAGUUACCAAGUAUAUUGAUUAAUGCUCCCAGCUUUGAGCUACACCAUUCGUAUAACACCUAUCGAUACUAUCCGGUUUCUCUAGCGCCAUAUUGAAUUGGUGGCAAUUCACAUACGUCCAACUAUCGCCUACCUCAACGCAAAGUAACGUUGACCGGACCAUUAGUUGUAGUAAACUUGAAGAAAACUAAGAGGGCAACUAAACGUAAUGGUGGCAUCUAUUCAUGAAAUAGUUGAGAGUUGGAGUGAACUAUCUUGUGUUAGAUGUAGACUACAUGCAGUAUGGCAACUUGGCCUUACGUUUACUUGUCCUAGGUUCUGUGUUCCUCACGACUGACUAAUCUAUUAUUGAAAGUUGAGUGCUUUCACCAUUCAGCUUACCUAUUUACAACAUAUAAUCUCUGUGUCGAGCCCCAAAAUUAUAGUUGACAGUUGACAAAUACAUGAAACACUGCAGAGACUAAUGAUCACGUACAUGUCACUACCUUUAAAUAGGUAUAUCACUAUUAGCAUCUUUGCAGUAUCCCUUCUCAUUUUUUUAAUUUGUUCGUGAUUCUGAAGUGUUUAUGACAUUCAAGAAGUAUAGUAGUUAUUCUACGUCACAUAUAAAAGCAUUUGUAUAUAUUUCAAAAUUAGUUUGUUAGGCUAAAGGUGAAUUUUUAAAUGGUGCAUUUUCGACUGAAUGACCAGUCUUAUCUAGAAUCCCUAAAUGCCCUCGUACGGUCGAGAGUGGAGAGAGUCCGCUCUCCCUCUUGAAAUGCUCGCACACGGCCACGCGUAUACAGCCAUUCCCAGAGAAGUCCUACUCACUGCCUUCUCUCGUUAGGGGCGCUGCUUACGAAAUCGAGAGGACAAGUAGCGAAUGUCCGGCGUUCUAACCGGAUUGGUGGAUAUAGAGAAUCCAUGUAGGGGAGUUGGAAAUCCCUGAUUACAAACCGAUGGUGAACAUGGCCUCCAGGAUCCUGAGAGAAUAAAAGGCGUAUGAACCUAGUUCUGGUUACCGGCUUCCACGGAACGGCAUUUCCUAAGGCUGCUCCACUGCCUUGUGGAUUAGACCUCUGUGUGAGAGCCUCGGGGAGUAGCCCGCUAAGAAAACCAGUUACCUCGGUUUGGGCACCCGGGAAGUAUCCCAGCCCUUACACAAACCAGAUAAUUUGUGUGGCGCAUAUGUAUUCGGUGUCUCGUACCAAUGUUUAUGUGCCUAAAUAAAUAAUAAAGUUCUCUACCAUCCAUUUUCGGUUUUGGUAACUUUUCACAAAACAUGGAAUACUACACAAACUAAUACAGUGAUUUAGGCUCAUUUCCAAUCUUAUAUAUCUUCUCCGUAUAUAUUCGGUUUUUGUUUAGUGCAUCAAUCCAGCCCAUAUCUAAUGAAAAUGUUACGUAAUCAUAAUCCCGGGUUUAUGUUUAGUUUUUAGGAGAUUUCGAAUAGUAUCGUAGUCUAUUCAGUAUAUGCUCAAACUGAAGUCAUUAGUAGUCUAUUUUUACAAAAUCCAAAUUAUAUAGUACAUAUCCCUUUUAGAAUUACUUUUUGUUUGUGACAAGACAUUUGUCUCAUUUCCGUUCUUUAUUGUUUUCCAAGUAUUCAUAAAAUGAAGUGCUGAAAAGACUAGGUUUGAUAUCGUGCACACGAAAACAUAAUGUUUCAUCAGCAACGAUCAUCUAUAUUUCUAGGUAACUGGGAGGUAUAAUCAGAUUUUUCCUUUAGGCAACACAACAUUCAAUCUUUGUCAACUUGUGUUCAUAUUUUAACAGGUUUAGUACAAUUUGUGUAUGGAAUUUUAAAGUCUGAAAACUAGACAUAAUCCUAUCUGACCGGUCUUGACCAUCACUACUGAACUAUCGAGUUUCUUUAUAGGAUCAAGGACAAUUUGAACGGAUCCAUACAGUAUUAGAUCCUGCCUUCCUUAUAUAAUUUAUGAUUGACUCCUAUCGAUAUGUCAUUAUUCAUUACUGCUUAUUUACUAUUUCAUUUGUUUUAGGUAAUAAUGGUCCACAACCAUUUUGUAUUGAAUAUAUUGGUAAAGAUUCAUGGCUACCUCGAAGUCAUACAUGUUUCAAUCGAUUAGAUCUACCACCAUAUCGAUCAUAUGAACAAUUAGCUGAGAAAUUAUCUUAUGCAAUUGAUGAAACAGAAGGUUUUGGACAAGAAUAAAACUUUCUUUUUAUGAUUUAAAAAAAACACAAGAGAAACUUACAAAUUAUAGUGCCUUUUUUCAUAUGUAUAUCUUAUAGACAAAAUGAAAAGAGGAAUGAAAGUGGAAAAAGAAAACAAAGAUAAGAUUGAAUAAUAGAUUAUUUGAUUACAUAACCAUUUGACUGAAAUGUAUUGUACUUUGAUGCCAAUGGUUGUUGUUGUUGUUUUUCUCUCUUUCCUAUCCAGAUGAUGUGAACUUUGCUAGUUAAAUUCAUUGUUAUUCAUAACUAUGAUCAGAUCUCUCUAUAUAUAUACAUGUAUUAUUUAUAGAGAGAGAUACAAUUGAGAAUUGUAUUGUAACCCAUUCUAUCUUUGUCACACAUACCCACACACACACACAGGCAUACAUAAUGAAAGACACUAAUGAAGUGGUUCAUUAAUUACUUAAUAAGAGAGACAUACUAUCAGUUGUAUAUUGCAUACAAAAUGAAUUUAAUUUUUUCAAGGCAAUAUAAACAUUUGUCUUUCUUGUACUACACAGUAUUGGUUCUCUAUUCUGUUAUUAUAGGUUAUCUAACUUGUUUGGAUUUUUUCUUUGAUUUCUCUUUUCUUCUUGUUUACUACUAUUUCAACUAUUGCUGUGAUCUUCUCUCUCCCACAUUGUGGGUAAUAUGAAUUCACAUUUUAUUGUAUUCAUUCCAAUGUUGUACACACAUGUACACACAAACGCGCGCACGCACAUGCAAAUCCUGAUUAUUAUCAUCAGUUAUUAAAACCAUUAUUCAAUCACCGUUUUCCUAAGUCGAUGGGCGCACAUAAUGAAGGCUUGAUGAAACAUAAAAUUAAAUUCCCCUGAACCAGCUUGUUUAAAACUAAUUGUGUGUGUGUGUACAGAUCUUUCACUUUAUAAAUAUAUUUGACAAGUUGUACGCAUACUGUUGUUAUGAAGCAUUGUAAAUGUUCUUUUUCUGUUUAGAGAGAUGGUUUAUUUGUUUUUGUUUUGUCAGUGAAAAACAAAAGCCAUUUGUAAUUCUUCUACUGACUUGAAUCCACUAUUCCUAUUUGAUAUUGUUGUGCUUGGUAGUUGAUUUUCAUGAUCAGUUACCCACAUAAGUAUAGAUUAUAUGUAUGACCUUGAAUGUUGUUGGGAGUAUGCGGGCGGUUGCAUAUACUAUGGAAGGACACUUCUUUUUGAGGUGGCUGGAUUAGUAGUGAUCUUGACGAUCUGGGAGCGUGGCCAUGAAACACAAGGGACAACUCUUGGAGGCCGGUCACAUAUAGCCUUUUGUGAGUAGCUUUUGAUGUGCUAGCGCUGUACUUUCGAGGCUUAGCGGCCAGGGACGGAAAUCCAUAAGGUGAGGUAAUGUAUGUUAUUUACUGGGUCGACCGUUUCUCUUCCUCAACUAGUCUCUAUAGUAUGGUAAGAUCUAAAUGAACAAAUAUUCUAGUUGAUAUAACUCUUUUGGGUCAUCUUAAUAUUCACAUCCAACCGCUAUGUAGUAGCAGCUACGGUCGGGGUUUCGGUGACACUACUUUUCCAACGUAGAAUAUAAGUGCCGAAGGACUUCCUAUAAGGAUCGACCUGCAUUUUAUCGAUUGUAAUGAAGUGACAACACCUAAGUAUGUAGUUAGUGGGUAGCAUGUAAACCGAAAUAGGAAAUCUCAAGCUAGUUAGUGCAAAGAAAUUACUAGUUCUUUUAUUGAACUACUCAUUAUGUCAAUUCGACUAGUAAUAAUAGUUCAGCAACUUAUGUCCUAAUAUCAAAAAUAUGCAUCGGCCACCGCAUCAGCACAAUGAUAUGGAUUCCACGGUUAUAUAAGAGAGAGUUGAAGCCGAAAGAAUUAAAAAUAAAGGAUAUGGUUGGCGAAUUCAUAAAACAAAAGGAAUGGAAUAAUAUUAAGACUCAGGAUAGACUAACAGUGAAUGUAUCCAACUGAGUUUCUUAGCUGUCUGUGGGAUACUCGAUGUUCACAACCAUACUUCCAAGACCUAGAAAUGUAAGAGCGACCACAGUGAUUUGUAUAUAUCUAAGGUCUUUUCUGAAUACUAUCUUAAUGUGCGGCAGUAAAUACAGAUGUGGUUGACCACUGAGCGUAGACUAACAAACACUAACUAUUUAAUGUGAUUUCCUUUCCUAUUAUUGAUUUGAACUUGAGGUUCUUAUGGUUGUGUUGAAUAAUUUGUCCUGUGUUCACCAAGUGAACGAGAAUACAACUCUGAAUCACUCGUACCUGUCCUUUGCUCAACCAAGAUGGAUGGUGUUCUGGUAUGCGAUGCUAAUGAAAGAAUUGCACCGUGUUUCUUCGGUGGGAUCAUUUAGGAAUUGUAUUUGUAUUGUAAUUAUCAUUUCAACUGUUCCUAUGAAGCAACUUACAUAGGGAGUACAAUUCGGCAAGUUCUUCAUCACUAUACUAAGAAACUUAUGGAGAAUUUAGAAACUUAAGAUUUAAAGUAAGACAAGGAGUGGACGUAUCCGCGCUACUGUGAACGAAUUUGAGCCGUCACACUAUGCUGACUCCAACCAGAUAGUCUGUACCUACUUACAGGGCUUAGUCCAAUACUCAUUUUCAUUGGUGAUUGAUACCACGUUCUGGUUCGGACGACCCUAGCCUCAAUCCAACCUAUUCCUACAUCAUCGUGCGUCGAAGCAGGCGGUGGAUGGGCAUACAUUAUACAUAUCCGAACCACUUCAGUCGAUAAAGAUUCAUUACCCCGUCUAUCGAUUUGUCACACUUAGAGCUCCGGGUUAAACCUCAGAACUUGAUUGUACGAAACAUGCAAGCAAUGGUUCAAAGACACCCAACAUCGAAUGUCGGUACAAACAGGCAUUGAAAUAAAUGUGCAUCAUACAUUGUGAAGAGAUAUAAAAAUAAGAGUGAGUAUAAUAAAAGAAGAAAUAGAUGAAUAAAAAAACUAGGUGAAGUUAAGGUACAAUGAGAGAAACAGUUGUUUCAAAAAAUGAACAAUGGAAAGAAUCCUGUUCGGUAGAGGAGUUUCUUACUUUUGUGAAGAAAUUGGAAGAAAAUCACAGUAGGAUCUACAUUGGCUUCCUCUCUGAGUCAUGUCCGGUUACGUUUCAAGCCACUGAGUUGAACUACCGCUCGGACUCCAACCAGGGACUUGUGAUGGACCAACAGAUGUUAGUCCUACACAGCUUUCUCUCAUACCCGUUGAACAUGUCUUAAACCUACCAUUUCACUUUCUCCAACCAGUCAUAUAGUCAGUGAAUGAAGGGCGGUGCGGAAGUCGCCAAAAUGGCAUUUGUAGAGUACUUAUUUAUUUGAACACAUAAAUAUUGGUACGAAAGGGCACAGAAGUGCUUUAAACACGAUAUUUUACACACAGACUAAUAUCGCGACAUCACCAAUCUCUGAUUUCCAACGGAAAGCGUUGCAAUACUCCCAUGAUUUUCAUCUACAGUCAAUAAAUAAAAGAGAACUUCGGAGCUCGCACACAUAUGCACUAAUCUAAGCUCAUACUUUAGAUGUACAUAAAUUAUAUUAGCCGACCUCAGGCCACGCCAUGCAUUUAUUUAACUCACUUCGUACUAAUUCAUGUACUUAGCUUCGCGCUAUACUGUAAGUGUGAGAACUGGUGACACCCACGUCUGUCCUAACUGAAGUAGGUGGAGUGAGAUUCGAACCAGUGACCCAUUACUAGUAAGAAACCGGAUCUUCUAACCACUUAACUAUGAUUGCGAACCUAUCACACUUUUCAACAUACCAAUAAAAAGUAAAUGGUGGGAACGAAUACAAAUAGUAUUUCUAAAGAAUAUUUCUUGGCAAGAAAGGGCUAACUGUUCGACUAUUGGAAAUAGUGUUUA